GGAAAUUUCCAGAAGUCAUGUCAGCCUCCAAUAUUACCUCAACUCAUCCAGCUGUCUUCUUGUUGGUAGGAAUUCCAGGUUUGGAGCACCUGCAUGUCUGGAUCUCCAUUCCUUUCUGCUUUGCCUAUACUCUGGCCUUGCUAGGCAACGGCACCCUCCUCUUCAUUAUCCGGGCUGAUGCAGCCCUUCAUGAGCCCAUGUACCUCUUUCUGGCCAUGUUGGCAACCAUUGAUCUUGUCCUUUCUUCUACAACACUUCCUAAAAUGCUGGCUAUUUUUUGGUUUAAAGAUCGAGAGAUCAACUUCUAUGCCUGCCUGGUCCAGAUGUUCUUUCUCCACUCCUUUUCCAUCAUGGAGUCAGCAGUGCUGCUGGCCAUGGCCUUUGACCGCUAUGUGGCCAUCUGCAAGCCACUGCACUACACCACGGUGCUGACCAGGACCCUUAUCACCAAGAUUGGUAUAGCUGCUAUGGCUCGGGCUGUGACACUAAUGACUCCACUCCCCUUUCUGCUCAGACGCUUCCACUACUGCCGAGGACCCAUGAUCGCCCACUGCUACUGUGAGCACAUGGCUGUGGUAAGGCUGGCCUGCGGGGACACUCGCUUCAACAAUAUCUAUGGCAUUGCAGUGGCCAUGUUUAUAGUGGUGUUGGAUCUGCUCUUUGUUAUUUUGUCUUACAUCUUCAUCCUUCAGGCAGUUCUACAGCUUGCCUCUCAGGAAGCCCGUUACAAGGCCUUUGGGACAUGUGUGUCUCAUAUAGGUGCCAUCUUGUCCACCUACACACCUGUUGUCAUCUCAUCAGUCAUGCACCGUGUGGCUCGCCGAGCUGCCCCUCAUGUACACAUACUCCUUGCUAUCUUCUAUCUUCUUUUUCCACCCAUGAUCAACCCCAUCAUCUAUGGGGUCAAGACCAAGCAGAUUCGUGAUCAUGUGCUCAGUCUAUUCCGGAAAAAGGCUAUGUAGAUGCAUACUUUUUUCCUUACUCACCAAUCCAAUACUGAGUGGGUGCU